GCACAGCACUUCAUACAGAGUGCGUCUGUGUGUGUUAUGUGUGGGUCACCGGCCCAUGCAAGAGCAAAUACACAUGUGAAUUAUGAUUUUAGACGUUUUCAUUUUUUUUAUUUUAUUUUUUUUAUGUUUGUUUACUAAGUUUUAUCGCGUUUAAAAUAAACUUUUGUUUUUAUUAUCAUUUAAAAGAUACGCUAUUUUAAAGGCCACAUUGGUGUCGUUUUAAGGCCUUAUGGAUGGAGUAAAUUUUUUAUUUUUUUUACUAUUUUUACUGACUGGACGUAUUUCACACCCGGUUUUGGGCACCCAAGUCGCUUGAGUUUGUAAGAGUCACCCUCCGUUUAUUGCUAAAGGGUUUUUGUUUUUUAUUUCUUGUGGGGGAUAUCAUGGCUGUUUGAGUGGUGAGUGGUCUAGCUGAGGAUAUCCGGCCACUGUCCGGCUGCCGAGUCCUCCGUCAUGACCCUGGAGAGUGUGGCGGUAACAGAGGGCUCCUCUGCCCGGGGAUUCUGCUCCUGCUGCGGGGCGAAAAUCGUGCCGUACUUCUCCGACAACGCCGUCGCUUCCCAAAACCAGAUCAACCAGCUUAUUAGUGACAACUUCCUUACAGUCAAAGGCGCCGCCCUCUUCCUCCCGCGUGGAAAUGACUCCUCCACUUCUGUUGUACCCCGCAUCACACAGCGGCAAAACAAACACACAGGUGACCUUCAGCUGCAUCUGCAGACCAUGUUCACCCUGCUGCGCCCUUUGGACACUAUCCGCCUGGCUGUUCGGUUAGAGAGUGCUUACCCACAGCGUACACGCUACAUGGUGAUUGUGUCCACCAAUGGUAGACAGGACACAGAGGAAAAUGUGGUGUUGGGAAUGGACUUCAGCAAUUCAGACCACACUUGCACAGUUGGGCUGGUCUUACCCUUGUGGAGCGAUACGCUUAUACACUUGGAUGGAGACGGGGGCUUCAGUGUAUCCACUGUUAACAGAGUCCAUGUCUUCAAACCGGUUUCAGUGCAGGCCAUGUGGGCUGCCUUGCAGUCGCUGCAUAAGGUUUGUGAGGUGGCCCGAUGUCAUAACUACUACCCUGGCAGUCUCUUCCUGACCUGGGCCAGUUACUAUCAGAGCUGUGUGACCUCUGAUCAACACUGCAUCAAUGAGUGGAACGCCAUGCAAGAUGUGCAGUCCCACCGCGCAGACUCCCCUGUGCUCUUCACAGACUUGCCAACAGAGAGGGAGCGCACAGAGAGACUGAUUAAGACCCGGCUAAGAGAGAUCAUGAUGCAGAAGGACCUGGAGAACAUCACAUCAAAAGAGAUUCGCACAGAGCUGGAGAUGCAAAUGGUCUGUAACCUGCGGGAGUUCAGAGAGUUUAUUGAUAAUGAGAUGAUCGUCAUUCUGGGCCAGAUGGACAGUCCCACCGAGAUCUUCGACCAUGUCUACCUGGGUUCUGAGUGGAAUGCCUCUAACCUUGAGGAGCUCCAGAACAGUGGAGUUCGCUACAUCCUGAAUGUGACGCGAGAGAUUGAUAAUUUCUUCCCUGGGCUUUUUGAGUACCACAAUAUCCGAGUGUAUGACGAGGAGGCCACAAACCUUUUGGAGUACUGGAAUGACACCUACAAGUUCAUUACCAAAGCCAAGAAAGCUGGGGUAAAGUGUCUAGUGCACUGUAAGAUGGGAGUAAGUCGUUCUGCCUCAACUGUGAUCGCUUAUGCUAUGAAGGAGUAUGGCUGGAACUUAGAAAGAGCCUUUGACCAUGUGAAAGAACGUCGCUCAGUCACCAAACCCAAUCCCUCCUUCAUGAAGCAGCUGGAAGAAUACCAGGGUAUCCUGCUAGCCAGCAAACAGAGGCAUAACAAGUUGUGGCGUUCCCACUCAGACAGCGAUUUGUCGAAGGGUCACGAAGCACUCUGCAUAGCGCCACGCUCACUGGACUGCACUGACCCUCACAACAACAACGUUCCUUCCAUUCAGCAAAUGCUGGGCAUGGCUGUACUAGAAACACUCAGCCAUACACAACCCAUGGUGGGCAACCUAUGUACCACCUCGGAUGAUUCAUUCAAGGAAAACCAACUUGCCUCUGUGCUGCCACAUGAGGACCCCUUUUUCCCACCUCUUCCCAGGCAGCGGGCAGCCACCGUGGUGCCUGAGCAGAAUAUGGCAAAGAAGUCUCGUUUGAAAGUAGCAGUGACCGAGCCUGUCGCUCGUCCUCACCCUCCUCCCAGUCUCCACAUCCUCUCUACUUCUUCAUUACCGGUAGAGAGCGAGGGGGAUACAACUCCAGACCUGACCGCCCGGUCGUCUCACCAUGUGCCUGAGCCAAAAACAGACUCUGAGUUGUCCCUUGACACGCCUGAUCAAAAUUACUCUUAUCAAGUGUCUGAGUCCACUGUGUCGCAAAGCUUAGAACUGUGUCUGGAUGCUGUCAGCAAAGAUGAAGGUAAUCUGCAUGCUCAGAACAUUCCUAACUCUGACAGCCCCUCAGAGGCCCCUGUGGUACUCGGACUCGGCUCCAGUGAUGAUAACAAGAACCCCAAUGCUGAUCUGGGAGUAGCAGUAGCGUCCCGUCUCAGCACAGAUAGCAUAGACUUCUUUAGUGCCAGAGAGAAGUUCCUGUGCUUGUCUCAGGAAAGUCAGCCUCGCUUGCUUUCUGAAUCGACCGAUGUGCAGGUACCUAACUCCAGAUGCCCCACCCCACCUUUGGAGGACUCCAGUGAGGGAGCAAAUGAGUGCCACGCCCACUCAGAGACCAAUAGCGUUGCAGACCUCCACCCCCCUCACCAUGACAACAGCAUGUCUGUGCGUCAUAAAUUUACAGAACUGGAAUCUAUAUCGCACCCCUGCAGUCCCCCACUGACACGCACCUUGCAUCAAACUGCAACACUAGAGGAUGUGGAUGAGAAAACUGCUUCAGCUCCUCAUUCUCCCUCCGACAGGCCCACGGGUUCUGUGCGCCGGGCCACUGAGCAACUGGAACUUAUACUUCGUAAGAGUCAAGAAGUUCCGUUACCUCGCUCUCCCCUUCCAUCCCCAUGUUUGGACUGUCCUCGGUCCUACUCCAGUCAGGAAGAGGGCACUGUUGGCCCAGCUUGCACUGAGCCCCAAAAGACUGCAGAUGGAAACGGAGACACCAAAGUGCUUGAUGAUGAGGAUUCAGUUAUAAUGCCUGAUCCUUCCUUCUCGGUGUAUCUAGAAGGGAGUGUCACUUUGAACCCCACUCUGGAGCCUAGCUCAGCUUCUUCCUCUCUGCUGUGGCUGGAGGGUGUGAAUGAGCUGGAAACAGACGUUGAUUACCUGUUAAGGCCCCAGGGGAGGCUUGCACGUAGCAGUGAGGACUUGCAGAAGAUCCAGAAGACUCUCAGAGAGCUCCAGGCAUUUUUAUAUGAGGCUGGAGGACUUGGGCAGGGUGAGGAGAACCAGUCGCCCCAGGGUCAGCGGGACUCAAUUGAGGGCGAGCAACACUUAGAACCCAAAUCGCCUGUGGUCUGGCAGAGAGCCAUGGAAAUUGAGGCCCGCAUCAGACAGGCUGGCCUCACCCCUCCUUCGCUUAUGAAACGCUCUGCAUCCCUUGCUAAACUGGACCGGCUAGAGCUGUCUACUCAUGACCUGAGCGACUGGGACUUCCACCCUGCCGCCACAGGACUUUAUCAGCCCUCCUCUUUCUCUUUAUCCACCUUUCACUCCCUACUACUCGCCCACAGCCAUGAUGAUGCCCACAAGAAGCAGCGUGUUCUACCUCAAAGCCCUUCCUCCCCUGAGCCUGCCAUCCAUUUGAUGGAGGUGGGCAGGACUGAGGGCUCCACUCACCUCUCACCGUCCUGCCCACAGCAAGUUGGUCGGGCUGAGCCCCAUGAACAGACCCCCGUCCAACCCACCAUUUCUGUGUCCACACGACAGCAGCAACAGCAUGUGAAGUCUCACCCUGUUCGCCGUUUCCGCAAAGCAAUGGACAAGAAAAAGACAGUCACUGUUUUGUACAACACCAUGUGACGAUUACUGAACUUUCAAAUGCCGCAUUUGUUGGCAUGAAGAACUGUCUCAGACUGCAACCACUUAAGUUUCGUUAAGCGAAGUCUAAGCUAAAUUUUUGAUGAUGUAUGCUAUUGUAGCUAUGAAUGAGGGCACGUGAGAGCAAAAAUAUGUCGAUUUGUGUUCAGAAUCUUUCCGGUAGAAACUCAAAACAAGGGGGUUGUUUCUUAAAACAUGCACUUUACACUCUUGUUUUUCUUUUUUAAAGGUUUUAUUUUAUUAUUUUUUUAAAUAUAAUUUUUAUGUAGAAGUUUUUUGCACUGGCUUGAAUGGUAGAGUUUAAUGUAUGUCUGACAGCAUGUGGAGUCAUGAUUCUCUUUGAAACCAAGGUAAACUUGAUAUCAACUUUUUUAUCCUGUGCUUUAUCUGUGAUUAUAAAGUAAUAAAACUGCACUAUUUUAUUUCA